AUGGCUCCGCUACCUCAGUACAUAACUCUUCCGUACCUGGACCUCGCAUAUACGGCUUUGAAUAAUUCGAAUAUAACCUUUGAUUCUCCCGACUGGGACUGGCAAGGCGAUGUCUUCAACGGAGCAUGGGUAUCCUAUACCUGCGAAGCUAUCUUGAUAAUAGUGAUAUUCAUGUACGCACAUCAUCACCUAUACCUCCCUCCAAAUCAUUUUCACUGA